AUGUUAAGAUUUUUAAUAGCUAUAAUAGUGAUGAUCACUUUACUUUCAAAUUUAAAUACUGUAAAUGGAAAUAAUUUUCCCAAUUUUUUCGAAUGUUAUAAUAAAUGCACUAUAAAAAAAGAUCCAAAUUAUUCAAAAAAUUGUUUAACAGUAUUUCCAGAGGAACAUUGUGCCACCUUAUUACGUGAAUGUGCAAAAGAAUGCUCUAAUGUUCAUUAA